AUGCCCGAGAAUUUCGUCAAGUCGUCGUCCUCGCACCAUGAGUGGGAGGAACCAGCAUUCCUCCAGUCUGAUCAGAAUUUGGGCUUCCGAGACAUUCUCCAGCGACAUGGAAGGGCUCUUCUGCUUUGUUGCAUCCCUUUCACGGCUGCUGUUAUGUUCGGUUAUGACACGAUCGUGAAUGGGGCUGCAAUCUCGAUGCCCGCGUUCAUUAUAUACUUCGGAGAGCACAACGCUUCUGGCUUAUAUCUUCCAUCACUUUGGACUUCACUAUGGACAUCUAUGUCGGCAUUGGCACAGGCUCUUGCGGCUACUGGCACUGGACUUUUAGCCGACCGCAUCGGUCGGAAGUGGUCAGGCUGUAUUGCAGGAGUGAUCUCCCUGGCAGGUGCAACUGUACAAUACACUGCUCAUACCAGGAGCGCCCUUCUUGGUGGAAAGAUUGUAUCCGGUCUGGGAAUCGGUAUGGCCAUGGCUGCCGGGACAACAUAUGCGUCGGAAAUCGUUUCUCCUCGUCUCGUCCCACCUGUUCAACAAGCACUGGUUAUCUUUAUCCUCAUCAUGCAGGCCUUGGCUAUGGGCGUCAUUCGAAUCUUCGUUCCCGAUGUGUCAGAGCAUUCUUUCCGCACGGUUUUCGCGAUCCAGUGGGGAGUCGGUGCACUUGUCGCCAUUGCUUUUGCUUUGGCACCCGAAUCUCCUGUCUACUCUAUUGUGAACAACAAGCAAGAAAACGCGAAGAAACUACUCGAUUGGAUCUACAGUGAUAGCGCUGAUCGGGAGGAACGCUUCAAUUACCUGAGCAAGACCAUUGAAGAGGAAAGCUCGCAACAACAUGCCAGCAAAGCACGAUAUGUGGAGUGCUUCCAAGGCACAAAUCUGAAGCGCACUCUGACAAUCAUGUUCCUCUUCGGCAUUGUGAAUCUUGGUGGCGCCCCUUUCCUGUCUCAGUCGAUUUAUUUCCUGAUUUCUGUUGGCCUGCCUGCCAUUCACGUCUUCGAUAUCUCUGUUGGUGGCUUCGGCCUCGCAAUCAUCAUUAUCAUUGCCAGCGGGAUUUUACUCAAGAACUUCAGACGCAGCCACAUCCUUUUCUGGGGUACUGUUAUCAAUCUUGUGUUCAACCUGGUGAUUGGAGCUCUAUACUACGGAAAUGGCGAUGGACCCAAGUGGGGUAUCGCAAUUCUCAUGAACAUUCUCAUUUCCCUGCAGGCAGCCUUCAUGCAGGCUUCGGGAUGGUCGAUUGCCGCUGAGGUUUCCAGUUAUCGACUCCGCGCCAAGUCGAUGUCACUAGGAAUGAUGUCCCAAACCUUGACCACCUGGAUCAUCACGUUUGUCGUUCCAUACAUGUACAAUGUGGACUCGGGCAAUUUGGGAGCACGAACUGGUUUUGUCUUCGCCGGGAGCUCGGUGUUGCUUCUUUUGGGAGUCUACAUGCUGGUCCCUGAUACUACGGGCUUGUCCACUGAAGAUCUUGACAGCUUCUACGAGGCAAAGGUACCGAUCCGACAGUUUGCAAGUCACAAGUUGGCAAUGCAGGCGCAGGCUUGA